CCCAACUGUAACUCAUCCCCUCCAAUACCUCUAUCUUCCAUUUUCUCUCUCUAAAAACCAAAAUCCCCUUUCUCUUUCUCUCUCUAAAAAUGGCGACAAAUCUGCUUCACUUUCGACCCUCCCUCGUCCGAUCCUGCGCGAUCCCGAACCCUAAGUCCGAUCACGCUCGCCGGAAAACCUCCUCGUCCUCCUCAGCCAGUUGGUGGACCCCGCUCUUCGGAUGGUCGUCGGAACCGGACUACAUUGACGCCGACGGUAGAGCGGAUUCGCCGGAGAAAUCUGACGGCGGAUCGGAGCCUUCCAGAUCCUCGCGCUUCGCUCCCGGAUGCUUCACGGAGGAGAAGGCGAAGCGGCUCAGGAUGCUGACGAAGGAAACGGCUUCGUUUCACGAUGUCAUGUAUCACUCGGCGAUCGCCUCGAGGCUCGCCUUCGACUUCAAGAACGGCUCCGAUCUGUGAGUUCCGGCACCGGCGCAGCCUUAGUUUUUUUUUUUUUUUGGGUGGGGGUGGUUUUGUGGAUAAGUAAAUUCGUUCCCGAGAAAUUAGGAGUUGAAAAUGACGUAUUCGUGUUAAAUUUGAUUCCGUGGGCUGUAGAAAUUAGGGUGUAUAUAGAGAAGUGUAUAUAUACAUAAAUAUGUGCUAGUGACGCUGCUUUGUAUUGAGCUCAAUAAUUGUGAUUUGUGAAACAACAUUAAUGGAUUAUGCGAUGUGGCUGAGUUUGAUUGAUGCCUAA